AUGGGGAAUGUGAUCAGAGGCGUUGGUGCCAGAAACAAGGUGAACAAUGAAAACGUUGACAGCAUGCCAAAAAGUUCUGAUGAAGACAUAGUGGUUGUGCUCGAGGACUACCCCUCUGCUGAAAUCAGCGAGCCCAUCUACAGAAUGGGAGAGAAGCUCCAAGUUACUGCACAGGAGGCUUACUGGUGGAAAGUUCGCUCUGCAGGGAAGGAGAACUACAUACCCAACAGCCACGUGGCUAAAGUAUACCACAGGUGGCUCUUUGAAGGAGUGGGGCGGCAGAAGGCCGAAGAGCUGCUUCUUUUACCUGGCAACAAAGUGGGCUCGUUUCUGGUGCGGGAAAGCACCAGUGAGAGAGGUCUGUAUUCGCUCUCCGUGAGGCACAGGCAGAUAAAGCACUAUCGCAUCUUCAGACUGGACAACAGCUGGUACUACAUUUCCCCACGGCUCACCUUCCAGUGCCUUGAAGAUAUGAUCAACCAUUACUCUGACUCUGCAGAUGGACUGUGUUGCACCUUAACGUCUCCGUGUCUGUCAGAGGUAAUGAAGACAUCGGAAGCAGCUCCGGGACCUCCACCUGUCGUUAUGCGACGCAUUUUUGACUGGAGGAAAGUAGACAGGAACCAGCUGGUCAGCACAGACAACCAGAGCGACAGCGUGGUGAGUUACGGCGUCAGGAACAGCAUCGCUGCCUAUUUGUCCUUUUCUGGCCACCAAGACUCGGCUCAGCUGCAAGCAGAGAGCAGGAAGAAGAAAAGCAAGUCUGUGUAUGCAUUUCCUCAAAGCGGCAACGCCAGCACCGAGUAUGAUGACGACUUUUAGAGACGAAAGGAAAACAUCCACGUGGAGGCCCACAGAGGGAGUCAGUCUCUGAACUCUGCACUGACCUCACAUCCGAGGAUCUUAAACAUAAAAGUGUUUAUGAAGCACUUUGACAUAUUUGAACAGUUAAAAAAAAGUUGCAUAUACUAAUACUUUGAUGCAAAUGAUAAAA